AUGGCUUCCUACGGCCUGCUGGGCCAACCAGAAGAAGGCUCAUGCGCUCCACAAGUCACGCCUCCUCAACGUCGAAGAAAAGCCCUUCAAGCGAAUCUCCAAGCGCCUACUGAAUCCCGAAUCUUUCAUCAUCUCACCCUCGCAGACCCUCACUCCACCCCGGAAGACGCUGAUCCCGAUGCGACCGCGGCAGCCGAAGCCCAAAGGCAAAAACGCCUCGAAAAAUGGCGCCAAUUCCGCGAUGAUGUGACCCUCGACUUCGCCGCUUUUGAAGGAAGCAUCGCCCGCAUCCAAUUCCUCCUCACCAGUAACGAACAAGAGCGCGAACGCUACGCGACUGAGAAGAUCCGCAUUCUGGAGACGAUGCACUCUGUUCGGGAGAACACCAAUGAAUUGCGCAUACAGCUCGAGGAGGCCCAGAGGGUUCUCGCUAUGCGGAAGAGCUAUGAUGAGCUUGCGGAGAAGAUUACCAGUAAUCGUCUGCUGAAGCCGCGGGAGGAUCAAGAAGCGAAUCUGCAGAAGCUGCAAAUCGAGAUUGCCGAUUUGGAGAAGGAGAGCAAGGAUUAUGCAGAGACUUGGACGGAGCGACGCGAGCAGUUCGGUCGUAUUGUAGAGGAGGGUAUGCAGCUGCGCCGAUUGAUUCGCGAUGAGAAGGAGGAGGUUGAGCGACGGGAGGGUAUGCAGGAAGAUCAGGACGGGGAUGAUGGCGACGUUGGCUCCAAGAGCAAGACUAGUGGACCUAACAGUCCACGUCCUGAGGAUAGUGCGACGCCCUCCGGACAGAACCAGGAUGAAAGCCGGUUAGGUGUUGAGAAGCCGGCUAGCAAUGUUCGGGGAGUCUCGCCAUUGCGGCAGGUGACUACAGCUGAGGUUAUAUCACCUGCGGAGGAUACCAACAUGGUGGAUGAGGGUGAAGUAGAGGAGGGAGAGGAGUCGGAGCUAGAGGAAGGCGAGGAGCUCCCGGACGACCGCGAGAAGAUGGAUAUCUCAUGA